AUGGGUCUCAUAACAGUAUUCUCACAUUGUGAAGAAACUAUUUAUAAAAAUAAACUUAUAUCAAAGGCUAGCAUAUCUGUCUUCCUGAUUACGUGUGUGGCAUUAAUCAUCCCGUUUAUAAUAGCAUACAAAACUGAAGGUUUGUUUGUUAAAUUACAUAACAUAAAACUUAUUGAACAUACUUACAUGGCUUUUGCAGAUAUAUGGAAAACGCAUAGAAUAAUUUUUGAACAACCACAAGUUACAUAUACCAAUCAGUAUCUUCUAGUAGCUGAGACCCUUGAGAACAAUCCUUUGAUAUGUUCUUCGCUGCCUCUGAAUAACUCUGAAAUGAAUUCUUUAGAAUGUAAAUCAUUCUCAUAUACAGAGGAAGAUACAAAUUCUGAUGGAAUUAUAGAUAAAUACGAUUUUAAGUUCAAAAUGAAUUUAAACUCUCUGAAUAACAUCAAUGCUGUGAGCUUAAUAUUAUUAUUUGAUGUGCAAACAUAUGCAACUUGUGUACUCAAACAACAGGGUGUAAUAUUUCUUAACCAAAUAAUUCCCCCAUAUCCAUUUGAAGGAGGUUCUUUCUAUUGUGAAUCUAAUAUGAUCAUACAACAAAAUGAACCAUAUGAUUGUUUGAAGGGUAAAAUUGAACAUAAGAAUAACAAUAUUGAAAAUUUAGCCUUUAUUGAAAAUAUAGUACAAGAUCAUAAAAUGCAUCAAUUGUUGGAGACAUUAAACAGAAACGAAAUCAAUUUGAAAUUGAUAGACACUUCUAAUACAUGGAUAAAUGAAAUAAGAGAUGAAUUUGAACUAAAUUUUUCAUUGCAUGUGCCAAUUAGUCAAAUUAAUUUCAUGAAUAGUUUUUGGAAUACCUUGAAAUGGGCUUUAGUUCAAUAUUUAUGUACAGCGAUAACAAUAUUUUGGAUAACUGAGAAGAUAAAAAAGUACUUAUUUGUGAACCAGUAUCUAAUGGCUUGGCGCAUUCGCCCUCUUAAGAAAAUAUAA